AUGAUGAAUGGCGACAGUGAAAUUGCUGGGCGAAUUGCGGCUGCUCGAAGAGAAGCCGAGGCGCUCAAAGAGCGUAUCAAGCAGCGCAAGGAAGCUUUGGGAGACACUACGUUGCAAGAAAUGGCCAAAGAAGUCGAAGCACUGCCGCGUAUCGUCAUGAAAGCACGUAGAACGUUAAAGGGCCAUCUGGCAAAAAUCUAUUCGAUGCACUGGGCAACAGAUAAGCGACACUUGGUCUCGGCUUCGCAGGACGGCAAAUUGAUUGUAUGGGACGCCUACUCGACCAACAAGGUCCACGCAAUUCCUCUGCGAUCGAGCUGGGUCAUGACCUGCGCAUUUGCUCCUUCGGGCAACUUUGUUGCUUGCGGUGGUUUGGACAACAUUUGCUCGAUUUAUAAUCUUCGAACUCGCGACGGACCUGUUCGGCCGGCCCGAGAAUUGUCUGCGCACACAGGUUAUUUGAGCUGCUGCCGCUUUAUCAACGACCGCCAGAUCUUGACAGCGUCGGGCGAUAUGACGUGUAUGUUGUGGGAUAUCGAUGCCGGUGUCAAGACCGAAGAGUUUUCAGAUCAUGCUGGCGAUGUGAUGAGCUUGUCGCUCGGACCCAGUCCAAAUGUUUUCAUAACAGGAGCUUGUGACACGACAUCCAAGGUGUGGGAUAUUCGAACGAAACGCUGUGUGCAGACGUUUGUAGGACAUGAAUCUGACGUCAAUGCUGUUCAAUUCUUCCCCAACGGCGAUGCAUUCGCUACUGGAUCCGACGACGCCAGCUGUCGGUUGUUUGAUUUGCGCGCCGACACGGAACUUUGCACCUAUUCGCAUGAAUCCAUUCUCUGUGGUAUCACAUCCAUCGGCUUUUCAGUGUCUGGCCGUCUCUUAUUUGGCGGCUAUGAUGAUUAUAACUGCAAUGUGUGGGAUACGCUCAAGGGUGAACGCGUGGGUGUACUGUCUGCACAUGAGAACCGGGUGUCGUGCUUGGGCGUUGCCACCGAUGGCAUGGCGCUCUGCACUGGCAGUUGGGACUCCACGCUGAAGGUUUGGGCGUAA